AUGAGAAGUAUUGUGGCUAACACUCCACACACACUUUGGAGCAAUGUGAUUUCUCGAGAAUCUCACCACGCGCGUCAUGUGAUGGUCUACCUUACAGGACACUUUCAGCUCCGUAGUUUCCAACAAAACCGAACCAUUCCCGUGGUAGGAGACGAAGUUACGUUGAAAUCAGUGUUUCGACAAGUCGAGCACAUUUCCAGCCGUUCUAAGCAGGUCUCAGCACAGGGGGACAUGCGUCGGGACUCAAACGACCUGGAGCAAAACAUGCUAGUCUCAACUGCCCUUUCUCCACAGCGAAAGGAAAUCAAACCGUCGGCUUCUGGAAAAGUCGCAGUAGCGGAUCAAUCUUUGCCGCCCGCCGCCUCUCUUGUUGAAAAGGAAUGUAUACUGAAUUCUUCGCCUUCACUAAGUACAGUCCUUGGCGCCAAGUCGAUUAAACGCAAUGGCAUUAGAUACGAUAAUGCAGGAAACACUGCGCCCGAUGAAAGAUCAGAUUACGAGUGUUUAAACAGUAAGCACGAACGGCAUCUAGUUUUUCAAAACAGUAAUGAUCUUCAGAUGGUUGAUAAAAACAAUGAAGUGAAAGGACGAGCACAAAGCAGCUUUUCAGAGACUUCCACCAUAAAAGUCGGUGCCCAACCCUUGAGUGAGGUAGUAUGGAUACCAAAGGGUGAUAGGUCCCCUUCGGACUUCUCAUUAUAUGGAUCUCCGGAGACUUUUCUGGAGCCCUUGCGCAAACACGGAGUCUCGCAUGAUCAUAUGCGCGAGCGACGUAAGCGCAGUCAGCUUGCUUUACUAGAGCCGGACAAAUGUAGCAAUGCAUCGCGAGGUGCUGGCUGUUCAGAUCUCUUGCCUGCGCUGAACCUCUGUUCCAAGCCAGAAGAGGUGUUGUGUAUCGAAGAGGACGAUGUGGUGCUAGAUACUCCGAAAACGCUCCUGUCAAUGCUUGAGAGUCCAAGCAGCCCCAAAGCCUUUGGCGAUGCACCGCAGACCCUUUUAGUUUCCGAUGUCCUGCCGCAUCAGGGGGACCAGAUUCAAGAAAUGGUAUCGAAGCAGUAUCAUAGCCCCGCCGCGCGUGGUAUAGGGCAGGAUGUCAUUGAUCUCGUCACGGAUGUGUUUACGGAGCAGCGUGAUGCGCUGAUCAAAAAACGCCGCCAGGUGCUCUAUGCCAUGACCCACCCAUGCGCCUCAGACUAUACCUAUGGGAACAAGUUAGUGCCGCCGCCACCACUAAGCUUCGGUAAAGUCACAGACGAGGCGGUAAAACUCGGCAAUGAGCUGUUGCUAGGCCAAAGGUACUUUUUAGUUAAUCAGUCGGGAAGCAGGGCUGACAUCACGGCACCGCUGAAUUCUUUGUCUUCUUCGGCCGCUUCCGUAUCGAGGAUGGUUGAAAUGGAGGCAGAUGAUCGAAUUAGACAAAAAAAAGGCAGGUGUGGGCAUGGUGCAGCUACUGCACGCCUACCGGCAUAUCGCGGCCGUGCACGUGAACAAAACAUUUUUCGUGAUCAUCGUUACUUUUUCGAGAUUAAUGAGUUGUACCAGGAGAUUGUUUUAGUAGGCAAGGCGUGUGCGGGCAAGUCAAGCCUUCUGAACGCGUUGCUAGGACAGUCCGUCGCAAAGACCAGCAGUUUGCCAAACACAACUCGACAAAUUUCGUUUUACCAGAGCGUCACACCAGAGGCGCUGCAGGCGUUUCAUGCAAAUAAUCACCAUAAUUUAGUCAAGUUACCUAACGGGGGUCUUCAACUUACCUUUGUGGACAUACCAGGUUUUGGUAUCGAAGGAAUGAGCGAUAAGUGGCGCGACGCCGCAAUAGACCUGACGGAUGCCUACUUUGGUGUGCGGCGCUCCGUCAACACGGUUCUAUUUUGCAUUGAUUGCGAUCGUGGUCUGACAAAGACCGACCUGAAAUACUUUCAAUGGCUUGAGAACGUACAGGGUGUAUUUUUCCCCGUACUUACUAAGUGCGAUUCUGUCCCACACUCUCGCAUAUGCUCUGUAAUGCGACAAAUAUACACACUUAUCACAGAGAAACGUAAGAAAUAUCGAAAGGUCUUUCCUUUUGUUAUCCCGACGUCCUCCAAAGACGGUACAAACAUCGACAUGCUUAGGGGGCUUAUUACUGAGUCUUCGGGGAUGAUUCCGGGUGAUCGACUCCGCGAAUUGCUAAAAGUGAAACAAAAUGCAUUAAUGAAAGAGGCUCUUGCGCAGGAGUCAAUGCGUCUUGAUGAGGCUCACCAGAUCAAGCGAGAGCAAGCCCGCGAGCAAUUCAAUCUAACCUAUACAGGACGAUUGCGUCAUCCGACUCUGCCGCUAGCCCCUUCUUUAUCUUCUCGGAGCAAUGCAGAAAAAUCCAAUCGUGGCCCACUUGAUCUAGAAAUGGAUCGCAAUGGAAGUCGGAUUUACCGUCUAUCCAUUCGGAAAAAAGACUCGAUACCCGUGGCAGACCAGUUGAGUUUACCAAAGAUUGGAGAGGGUGGUGCAACCAUCCAAGGGCUCCAGGAGGACGAACAUCGGCGCCGUGGCGAGAAGUUCUUGGCCUGGAGGCGCAAAAAUCCAAUCAAGCGUGAAGGCACCCCAUACGGUGAGGUACGCUUUCGCUUACAUACAGGAAUCGACGGCCUUGAUCCGGAAUCCAUUGACUUGACGUAUAACAGUCCUAAUAGUAGACACUUUGAAGCGCCAAUGCUGAGUGUAAAAGGGGAAAUGAAGAACACAGGGAUGAAAGAACUACCAGAUGCCCCUCUGGCAAACUCCACCCAUGAAAACUCUUCUUUGACGGAUUGCCUCUAUUCUCCAACAACAGCCGCGGCUCCUCCAACAAGUCUUCUGGCACCUGAGCCAUCCCGUGUGGUUGGAUGGCCGCCAGCACCUGUAGCACCCUGUUCAGCAAUUUCACCCCAAUCGAGGGACACCCAGACAAAUACUGCUAUUUUGACACCAAACACAGUGCCUGCAUCUCAAAAGAAUUUGGGUGGGCCUGUCUCUCACUUCUUGGACAUGAUGGAGAAAUUUUCCACGCAGAAGACGAAUACUCCCGUUAAGUGUCCCUCUGCUAAGCUAAAAAAGCUGCGUAGGAAGGAGGAAAAAUGGGUUAAACGACAAGCACAGGGCUACAUGCCACCCUUAAUGGUGCAAGAUGAAAGCGGCCGCCUCUCUGAGUUCAAAGCCGGAAAGCGCUGUGGGCCGUCCCUCGUCAGUUUGAACACCAAGGUGGAUUCUCGCCAAGCUGAGUGGCGUGGCAAGCAGCUUAUAGACCUCCUUCACCAGCAUGAUUCCGAGUCUCCAUGGAGCGCUGUGGGCAAAAUCGCACAGUCCAUUGAAGAUGAAAAAGCGAGAGCUUUUAUGAAAGGAAUGCGGCCAAAGGAUCUGGCUGCGUACUUGCGUGACGCGGGGUGUGUGACCAAAUCAUUUGAAAAGUUUGAAGGCGAGGUCACGUCCGCCAAAUACAUGAAUGAGGUUCGACAGGCUAGAACGUUACGCUCGAGGGAGCAGAUGCAUCUAAAUGCGACGGCGAAGAUUAACUGGCGUUCCAUGCCACCAGGUCUGUGGAAACAGUACGGUAAGGCAGACACCUACUGGGGCACAUCGAGUGUACUGGGCCGAGAGAAUGAUGAAAGCCACACAGCGUCGUAUUCGCCACAGCCUCGCUAGUCCCACAACAAGCAUUGGCUGUUACAAAAUUCACCAUGAUCAAUCCUUUAUGGAAAAAAGUGGAUGUACAUACUUCAAGAAGUAUAGGCCACGUUGGUAUAUAUAAAUAUAUGUGCA